AUGCAAACAUUUGAAGAUGCUCAAGUGCCAAGCACCACUGAAUACCUCCUGGUACCAGACUCAGAAGCCCGAGUAGAGAACGUGACACUUUGGGUCUUGUCAGCUUGCAUAUGUGCUCUUGCUAUUGACAUUGCAUGGAACUUUUACAAACUCAAAAGAAGGUCAAGAAAAUCAAGUGUUAUUAUUCAUUGUUUGGUUACAAUUUUAGUUACUACUGAUCAACCUUGGCAAUCAUGGGCUUCUGCAUACUUUGCAAGUAUCAAUUUUUUCUACCCUUAUAAUGGUUGUUCACAUCAAGAAAGUGGUAAGGUUCAAUCAGGUAGUUCAUGA